UGUGGUUAUGGCUGACACCGCUGUGAAAGCAGGUGUAAAGCUAAUAAGAAAGCCUCGAACCUAACUUUGCUGAUUUGGAUUAUCUUCCAUACUCCACUUUGGCUGCUAAAGCGACCUUUGAGUGAUCAUUACAGUGAUUUUAGAAAGUGACAGCAGUCCAAUUCGAGGCAAUCAACUCGUCUUAUCAUCAGUGGUGGGUACUUGUAAGUCACUGUAGAUGUAGGUAUAGAUUCAAACUCAGAAAAUCGCUCCAACUGAGGAGAGGAAAACUUACUUUUGCUUCAACUACACCGAAAAGAAGUUAGGCCCAUCCUGAGAAAUCCUCCAAGCAUUUUCACAUGCAACACUACAUGGAAUUCUGUGAGUGAUCGGUGCCAUACCACUGAGAGGCGAGGACGACUUUCCAGCAUCACGACAUCUACUGCUCGGGAUGAGCUUCUUCAACCGACCCGGAGUGUACGGCUACAGACCGAGUACCGAGUACAGGGACAACUACGGCCAGUCGGUAUCACAGCAUGAUGACAGAUACCGCCAAGGGACCGGCGAUGCCACUUAUUUCGAUCAGAGGUCGCCAGGACGUAGCACGAACACACACAUCGGCCUGAUUCGAGGGGAAAGACCAUUUGAGUGUUACGACCCAAACGCACCCUCAAUCCGUCAGACUCGAGGGGAAACACCAUUUGACAAUGUAUACUAUGACUCGGACAACUUGCAAGGCAUGACGCGAGCCUGUCCUCCAGCACCCUUCAUCCCUAGUCCGCUACCCCAUCCAGAGCCGAUCGAGCCGAACAUUGACCCCACAGUAGAAUACUAUUAUCCCAGGUUAGGCCCCUGGCUUCAUUUAGACCCCCUCGGGUCGUACAGUCCACUUCCCCUGUCCUCACGCGAGCCCUUGUCUUCCUCCUACCUGGGCUUCAACCACAGCCAGGACUGGGAUAAACUGUAUAGGACCCCGCUCUCACGGCAACCGGCACUGUUUGCCGGGGAAAGGAGAGUAGACGGGAUGAGGUCGUGGAUGGAUAUGGCUCACAUCGAUGGGCAUGCGGCUUGUGAUGGUCUCUGUCCCUGGUGUGGAACGUCGCCCCGGCCGACACCACGGUCGCCGAGGUAUCCGUAACAUGAUGGUGAGAUGAUGAUGACGACGUGGUUGGUUGUCGAUUCGAAAACACACUGGUUGCCUAGUGGCAAUAAUACUUCUACUGUAAAAUAUAGUAAGCCUAGAUUUGAACGCAUCAAAGUUUGGUUUCGGAAGUCACAUUGGGUGGGGCUAUCAUUCCGGCCAGAACUUCUAUUCGGCCGAAGCACCUCUGAUCCAUUUUGCCCAAAACUUUAGUGCCGGUGCCACUUCUGCGGUGUUUGGGAGAUCAGUAUGAAAUCCUUACCUGUUUUGGGCGGAAUAGUUUUUGUCACACAAAACAUUGAAAUGAGGAAGUGACUUUGAUGACAUCUUAAAACUUUUCAAAAAAUGUAUUCGUGGCUAUUACGGUCUAUUGAUUAGUUCUCAAAAGUAACGUUGGAAUACCGACGGCGCGAUAUAUUGAUGUAACAUUCACGGAUAUGUCGCUGAAAAUGAGCACGUGCUUAUCUAACCGUUUAUUGGUAACCAUAACAACACACAUUAUGCUGCACACGCAUGCAGUGGCUCUUGUUUGGGUAAUGGCGACCAGACUACCUUUAACCAAUCGAUAAUUGUAUGCAGAGAAACCUUUGUCAAGCUUUCACUUAUCGUGGAGUGAUUUGUACACUUUUCAUGCACGCCCACAGCACACAAUAAUGGAAACAACCGCCUAUGUAUUUGUGACCUAUAUUGAAUCGAUAAGCUGGGGUCCGUGGUCGUCAAUGACAAACCAACCAAAUAGACGAUCGGUUUGAUUGUCCACGUAGAACGCGGGAGGCGCUGUACAUAACAAGCUUAGUCAAUCAUGCUAGCCUAUUAGCAGUACAUUUUAUUGGCAAGCUAGGUGGUUAGUGACGAGGCCUUUUGCCAAUGCUAUCCACAUGACAUUAGGGACCUAACUGUGAUAAUCUCGUGCUACAUGAUUUAAAACCAUGGCUUAUCCUGGAGGAUAUAAGUACAUGUUCGGUUCUCACAGACCAAGUACGGAAUACAGGGACAACUAUGACAGGCCAAAGACGGCGACGGGUCCGAGGAAUACAGGAGAAUUAGGGAGACCUGCUCCGGCUACCAAACUCCACCUGGUUGACCGCUCAGUCAGCCCUCUCCCGCUGUUCCAGUCGAUCGACCGGCGCUUUGACGACCCUACCCCAAUUGACUGGGUGAAGCCGAAGCCACAGCACUACUUGGGCAGCCCUCGGCCAAGGAGCACAGUUCCGAGACCGCCGAGCUCUAGACCUAAAGGUCCAGGGAUACGCUCCAUUCUCAAACACAGGCCAUUCGGGACAACUAGCUUAAAAGAACGUUCUUUCCCUGUCGAAAGUUACAUCGAACCAAGUUACCCGACCUAUGAUUCUUAUGCUCCGUUGCUUCGCCCAGAGUCGAGGCAGGUUCCUGAAAGGAGACUGCCGUAUUCCGCCUACGGGUCUGGCUACGGAGCCGCGGGUCCCCUCACGGCGUACGAUCGAGAGGUCAUCUCGCGAAUGGGGCACGAGACGUGGUCGACCACGAAGCGAUAUGAGACUGGAUAUGACACUGUCGAGAUUAUAACACCGAGACCCCCUUCGGUGAGACCACCUUCGAGACCUUAUACCGCUGUUACACGAGAGCCACCCAGGUACAGGAACAACUGGGUGGAAGAUUCCCAAACACUGAUGGAUUUAGACUGUAGUGAUAGAGCUGCCGAUCUUGAACUGCUUUCCUAUGCCAAAGAGAGAAUGCGCGAACGGGACUUGCUUUAUCCAUAUGGAUUAUAGACUGUAGAAAGUACGAAUAAUGAGACAUUUUAUUAGGAACUUUUCUGGCCUCAGGUUCUACCAAACAAUGCGUGACCGUUUCAGAUACCAUGGUAUGCAUUGCUAUGCUUCCGUGGCCAACCCCAGGGGAGAUAUAUAGUGACUGAUUGGCAUUCUCUGAAACGCUAAGAAAGAACAUUCGCCCAUUUCAGAAAGCAAAAUUCGACCGGAAAGAUAGAGUCUUCCCUGAAUGAAGAGAUCUGGAAUGUUCGUCCAUUUGUGACGGUAAUUUUGCCAAAUGUCUGUUUGAGAUAUAUCAAUUUGGCCAAACAUACUGUUGUUAAUGUUAUUCACUUAUUUUGUACAAAAUGUUCGACUCGUGUAUUUACAAAUAUAAGUUAUUUUAGAUAAAAUGGUUCAUAUUUUGAUAGCCAAAUAUCCUGUUGUCUUCCAUUUAAUGCCAGAAAGAACAUCAUUGAUGGAGUUUACGUCCUCUUUCCAAGGAAUACAGUUUUUGAUCUUGUUGUACUCAAGUGCGAGCUUCGAGUCAACAGUAAGCCAGAAAGAUGCCGAUGUAUAAUGUCAGUCAGUCAUCUGAGAAUACUGCAUCGUAGAAUCAAGAGAUACCAAUAUUGUGUUCCAGAUCUAAAGCUGUCAACUGAGUCUCUGCAGAGUAUUUAGUUUCUCAAAAACUUACAAGUAGAAAUCCUUUGUGAUGGUUGAAGAGGGCCUUUAGCCACAUACCACAGCUAAAUGCUAUUUCGAAAUUUGCAAAACGCCAAUGAAUGAAUGAAAAGAACACAUUGUGUAAACGUGAAAGAGUAAUUACUAGUACUAGAUAUCUCAGUUAAAUACCACAACCAACAUAUAGAGCGAAUCCUCAGUUGUAUUCUCAUGCCUGAAGGUGAAACACCAAUACGAUCAUUCAUUCAAGAACCCUCUAAAGAGACAGAGCUCCACCAAAAGCAGAUCAUGAAAGAUCCGCCCAAUCCAAUAUCCCGAUCAUUGUUCAACUCAACUGUUGUAAAUUUCGUGCAGGUUUACCCCAGCCAGCCUCCAAUACAUAGUUAGUGUACAUUUGAUAACGAGGUCUUCAUACGGAAUUCUCUUUCUGAAGACCAAUACACAGUUAAAAAGCCUUUUCACGCCUAUGGAAUAUUCUUGUCAAAGGACACAUUGAAUCGAUGUCCUGGUCGUCCAUAGCAAACUGGAUUAACAUAUCAAGGCCGAGGUAAACACAACUAUUCUGUACAUAUCACAUGCAUACAUCAUGUACAACUUAUCACUGGCUGGGAUCGGUGCCUCACAACGGGAAAGUGGAUCUUUCGCCAGAACAUCAACUCAUGUUUAUACUUCGAAUACGUUCAAAAGAGGGACCGGCCUAUAAUUUCAAUCGGACUGUAGUAGAGCACCCGUUUCUAAAUCUACACGGCUUCCAUCACUAGCGCGGAAUGUACCAACCCGUUAUACUCGUUCAACGGCUUCUAUAACAUUAAUCGGAUAGCGACAUCUUCGGAAGACUGAUAUAUCGAACAAGUGUAUUAUCAUCAAGGUACAAUUAACACUAACGUGGAUUCCUGAUUACUUGUGCGGAUUGUGUGAUGAAACACUACUUUCAGAUAACACUCAUUACACUUGACAUUCAACUUAUAUUUGUGUCUUGAUGUAUAGAUUUAUAUCACGACUAUAACUAGGAUCGACACGUUUUUGGCAGACCCCUUUAGAUUUUGUGUCUCCACCUCAUAGAUGUUGAUGAUGAACACGCCAGCCAAACCGUAUGAUGUUGUCCCAUCGCGGGAUUUGGGUUGGGACGACAUGAGGCUGUCGGAGAGGCACGGACAUGCAGAGCCACAGGACACACCCAGACCAAGACUAGCUGUUGAAGAUCCGACACCAGUGAACUGGACGGGGAAGCCCGUCCCGCCAGGACCAGUUUCUCCGACCUGGCCACAUCCUCCGAUUCCAUCUCACCUCCUUCCGUACAUCCGGCCCGAGGUCCUGAAGCACUAUGAAUCCAGCUUCCUUCCCGAUACAACAAGUGACACAAAGCAGCCACCAUCGGACCCAAAACCUGAUCCAUACGUACCUGAUCCUAGACUUAUCGAAAAACUCGAUAGCAUGAUCUCCGACAAGUUACGGGAAAAGAGCGUUUCUGAUGCAGGAAAACCGGCCACAGCAGGGCUGAUUGCUCCAAGAGACCCAUAUGAACCCUUCCCGCCGAUUCCCCCACAUCUGUUGCCGUACCUUCGGCCUGAGUUCCAAGAGAAAUACGGAUACGCCGUCAAUGCCAGUGGCUUUAGACCUGGUGUUGCUGAUGCAAGGAAUCCGGCCUUAUUGGGAUAUCCUGCGCCUCGAGAUCCGUAUGAUCCCUACCCGCCAAGGCCAAUUCAACCUCCUUCGUGGCAUCCUACUCGACCACAGAUUCGGGAGAAGUAUGGAUAUAGUGUCCCUACCGGAGACGGCGGGCAACUGCCGUAUCGAGCCGAUGCGAUGCCGACUAGUAUCAAUCCUUACGGGGCAGAUCCCAGGCUCGUCGAGAAAGUGGACAGGAUCAUCGACGCGAGAUUACGCAUGGUAGACGCAAGAACAAAAAGAGACGCUGAUGUGCGAAAUUCGGCUGUAGCACUUGGCAGAGAUUACGGGCAACUUCGUCCUCCAAGCCCCAGCCGGAGAGCCCCUCGCACCCCUUUAGUUGGGAGAGAAAUCACUCGAAACCCACAGGGUCUUGGAAUGGCCGGGGGUCCGAGACCGAUGUCGACAUGGCAGGAGCCUGAGGCAGCCUGGCGAGAGUCGUAUGCACCGAUAGGAGGAGCUCGUACUUGGUGGGAGAAACCGAUACGGAAUGACCGAGCUGUUGGGUUAGAAGGACAACCAAUUCCUCGAGAGCCACGCUGGGUUGACCCACUGACUCCCAGGGGACCACCAUUCAUUCCACGAGACCCGGGGUGGAUUGACCCGCCUCCACCAACAUGGGCUGGCCAACCACCUCAGACCCUGGGGCCAAAUAUGAGGCUCACGGAACGCGGGCGCCAAUAUAGGGACUCUUUGUUUUACCCACGCAUUCCCCUUAUCGAACAGUAGGUAACAUUCGAAACGAACAGCUGGUGCGAAAUCAACAGUUCGGGAGUUUCAGCUUAUCUCAGACUUCGGUUGAGAUUGCACACAAGGACCCUUUGGUGGUCCGUACUGUUAUAAUCAAUCACACAAGUGUCGCCCUCAAGGAAAGUAAGGCUUUCAAAACAAGAAUAAACAAACUUGACCAAAGAGCUCGACCUUUCAAUAGUCUGAAACUAUAAUAAUACCAAGCUGAUUUGUCGAGUCACAUACAGGCCUUAUGACUGACCAUCUUACAUAAUACGUUUUCAAUAUCACUAGAAUUAUGCAAUCGAUAUUUGUCAUGAGUGUAUUAUCUUAUGCGCGCAUUCCAAUGUGCAUUAAAGUGAACUAUUGUUUGUCAUGUGCGUUUGUCACCUGGAGACAACUCGAUAACAAGGCUUUAUAUCCACGGGAACGUGCAUGUUAUGA